AUGCAUACUCCUACCUCCGAUCCUCCUGGUGUCAGCUUGGCCCCCGACACCGCCGACAGUGGCGCCGAGGCCUUUCAUAUGCCUCCCGCCUCUGAGCUUGGUCACCCUGCCAAUCGUGACAAGCCCUACCCUCUCACUCUUGUCCCGUUCGAUAUCGCAAACCCUCCCCAGCACGAAGAAUUUCUGAUGAUCAGGCCCUACGACGACAUCGUCUCUCGGUACAAGCUGAGGGACUACUGGGUCGAAGUGUACGAGGCGGGCCGAAUCGGAGAGGGGGUAGAGUACGAGGACACAUUCGUUCUUCCGUAUCUGCGUAGUUUUUACCAAGAGCUCGAAGCUCUUAAAUUUCUUAAAGCUCGCCGAGGCAAACUUCUACAGAUCUUCCCGACAACUUUCACGACUUCGUUUCGGCUGGACCUGGACAUUUACAUUCGACCGGGAGAUAUGGUCAAAGAUACGUUGGAUGGCAAUGACGUGGAAGCGAAAGAAGCAAGGAAGAGAAAAGGAAAAGAGGAGCAGUCUGUCUCUAUAGUAACCUCUACCACCGCCAAAUCCCGUAUGCCAGACGUUGGUUUGGUCGGACAAUCAUCAGGAGCAAAGAUUUCGACAGGGCGUAGUGAACGAGAAUUCAUCCUCUACUCAAUCAACCACAUCAAAUGGUCACCCAUGGUCCAGAAUGUGUCCGACCAGGCAGAGAAACGGCAUUUGGACGACAUCAACCUCCGCUGUGCCCUCCUAGAUGCUCUUUUCCAGACUCUCUAUCACCUCCACAACGCCUACCGAGUAGCCGGAUGUCGCUUGGCGAUUGCUUGGGCAAACGAGUUCUUCACUCGCAUGGUCAAUGUGACUGGCAAGUGUGGUCCGCAGAGAAUCCUGGUUGAAGCUUCGCCCAAGUCCAUGGCAAUGUCAUCAAAGAGGCUACCCAACUGCGCAGCAGACGGCCUGAACCUUGAUGAUCUCAUCACCUUGGUUCAUGAUGACGAUUGGGAGGCACCCAACUCUCUCAUUCGAGAUCACGACGACUGGCACUACGACGAAGAAGCCAAAUACCGCCUGGACGCGACCAUCCUGAUGACUCUGGCUACCACUACUCAUGCUACGACCCUUGGUGACGUCGCUGUUUCAGGUGGAUCGAAGAGAGGAAGAGAGGUCGAUCACGACGAGUACCAAGAGUCAUCUUUGCCCUCCAAACGGUCGAGAUAUGCUAGGCAGGGUGUGGACGAUGACAGCUUCGUUGGGCCCGUUGAUGACUCUGCCUACCUACCCACUCAAUCUCAAUCUGAGAACAUUCUUCGACCCCCCUCACGUCCUGCUUCAUCACCCGCUGUUGCCUCCUCCGCGUUGUCACCCAACAGAACGGUAGCCACGAACAGCGUGAUCGAUGAAGCCUCGCUCGAACUCGAAUUUCCCUCUGAAGAUUGGACGCAUGGUGACUAUGCCGGUGCUCUGGAAAAGACAGGGACGAAGGUGCUGCUGGUCGGCCCGCAAGAGAUGGAUGUGCUGCUGGCGCGGGCCGCCAGACAGGGAUGGGCCGAGGCGCUCAAGGUCGAAUAG